CCCCAAAUUGAUCAGUGAAGACACAUGGGAAGCUCUGUGCGUGUGAAAGAAGCAGUGGUGGUUACUCCUUCAGAGCCUACCCCAUAUGGUGUUCUGGCUCUUUCACCUCUUGACUCGCAACUCUUCCUUCGCUUCACCAUAGAGUAUCUCUUGGUCUACAAGGCUAGCCCUGGAGUGGACCAGGGUGCAACCACGGCUCGUCUUAAAGCAGCAUUAGCCAAAGCACUGGUUCCCUAUUACCCAUUCGCCGGAAGGGUCAGGGCCAGACCCAGCGACUCGUGCCUUGAGGUCGUGUGUGGGGCCCAGGGUGCGGUUUUCAUCGAGGCCUUCGCUGACCGUUACAGCAUCAACGACUUUGAGAAAGCACCCAAAACAGUUACCCACUGGAGGAAACUCUUGUCCCUCCACGUCGCAGAUGUUCUCAAGGGAUCGCCGCCGCUGGUGGUUCAGCUGACGUGGCUCGGCGACGGAGCCGCCGCAAUCGGCGUCGGGAUCAACCACUGCAUCUGCGACGGCAUCGGGAGCGCUCAGUUUCUUAACUAUUUUGCCGAGUUAGCUUCUGGGAAACGCGCAGAGUUAGCUUCUAGACCUAAACCCGUUUGGGAUCGUCACCUUCUGAACCCGCCACCCAUGAAGCACACUCGAGUUAACCUCGCGACUCACCCCGAGUUCAACCGAGUCGCUGACCUCUGCGGCUUCAUGAACCGUGUCUCCAACGGGCUUAAACCAACGUCCGUUACCUUCGACAAGAGCCGACUCAGCGAGCUCAAGAGACUCGCUCGAUGCACGAGUCAACCCGGAGAAUCGUUAUUUUACACAUCGUUCGAAGUCCUCGCGGCACACGUAUGGAGGUGCUGGGCGAGAGCACUAAGCUUUCCGGCGAACCAAAUGUUGAAGCUGCUGUUCAGCAUCAACGUGCGGAACCGGGUCAAGCCGGAUUUACCCGACGGGUACUACGGGAACGCGUUUGUUGUGGGGUGCGCAGAGACGAGCGCGAUGGAGCUGGCGGAAAGGGGGAUCGGGUACGGGUCGGGUUUGGUGAAGAGGGCGAAGGAGAGAGUGGGGAAGGAGCACGUGAGGGGUGUGAUUGAGUUGGUGUCGGAGCGAAGAGCGAGUCCUGACUCAGUUGGGGUGCUGAUAGUGUCACAGUGGUCAAGGCUGGGUCUGGAGAUGGUUGACGUGGGAAUGGGGAAGCCGUUGCAUGUGGGACCCGUGUGCUGUGAUAGGUACUGUUUGUUUUUGCCGGUGAGAGAUGAGACUGAGAGUGUGAGCGUGAAGGUGAUGGUUGCUGUCCCCACAUCUGCCGUUGACAAUUACGAGCUUUUGAUGCGAGCGUCGCAUCCGUGA